AUGUACCAUUGCAAAAUAAUCGGUUUACUGGCACUCCAGUUGGCGCUACUCGCUGCCGUCUGUGGUCGCGUCGUCACAAAGGACGAAAAUGAAAUUCUAUAUCCACCACAGACAAAUUCACGCAUUGUCGGUGGCGCAGCGGCACCCGAUGGACUGGCGCCAUAUCAAAUUUCCAUGCAGAAUCUACGCGGUCGUCACUUCUGUGGCGGUGCCAUCAUCGAUCAGCGUUGGAUCAUCACCGCCUCACAUUGUGUGGCGGGCGCCACAGCUCCUAAAAUACAAAUCCUCACUGGCGCACAAAAUUUGAAAAACAACACUGGCAAAUACUACUACCCCGACCGCAUUGUGAUGCACACAAACUACAACCAUCCGCCAUAUGCCAACGAUAUUGCGCUCUUGCACUUGAACGAUUCGAUUGUCUAUGAUGGACACACGCAGGCGGUGAAGUAUGCUUACGAGCCGCUGAAGAAGGAUGAUGAGUUGGUGCUCACCGGUUGGGGUUCCAUGGCGUUGGGCGGCUCCACACCGGAUGUCCUGCAGACACUGACUGUACGUGUUGUGCCAUAUGAAGAGUGUCGCGCAGCACACACUGACAAUUUGUCGAGCUACGUGGAUGUGGGUCACUUGUGCACCUUCAAUGAUAACGGUAAAGGUGCUUGUCAUGGUGAUUCAGGUGGUCCGCUGGUGCAUAAUGGCACGCUGGUCGCUUUGGUCAAUUGGGGAUUGCCCUGCGCAAAGGGUUAUCCUGAUGUGCAUGCGAGUGUGGCUUAUUAUCACGACUUCAUACGCACUCAAUUAGCCGCAACCACUGAGGUAGAGGCUUUGGAGAAUUGA